AUGAGCUCAACCUUCGCCGAGUAUCCCGGUUGGGUGGAAGGGCCGAGGGGUAAAAACAACGACGCCGCCACCGGAAAACCCCGUGGCGCCGGCGGCAAGCGGGGUCGCAAAAAGAAGAACAAGGACGAACGAAAGCGAGGGAAAACCGGCGGCGGCGGCGGUAAGAACCGGAAAGACGGCGGCGACGCGGACGUCGGUGGCGGAGAAGAAACGGCGGCGUCCGAGACGACGACGUUGACCACCACCGCCGCCCCGCAGGUCCCCGUUUUUGCGGCGUCUGGACAAAUCGUGCGAUUCCCGUGCGAAAUCGACUCUUUGCCCACGGCGAGGAUCGAGUGGGAAUUGAAUCGCAAGCCUCUACCUCAGGAUGACCGGUAUAUCAUCCUUCCAUCUGGAACGCUUCAAAUUUUGGAGGUCUCACCGUCGGAUGCGGGUAACUACAGUGGGGAUGAUGAUUUUUUUCUGGGGUUUGCGAUGGGAUUGGGGUUGUAUACGCCUACGCUCGGAACUUCCGGUUCCGCGGAUGGAGGGGGUGGCCAACCUUUUUUGCAUCUGAGUCAUUUAGUGGCAACGAUUUGGUGUGUCGCGAGAAACGAAGCCCUUCGACGAGAUGUGACGAGUCCAGAGGGCGUCUUGACAGUCGCCGACACCCCGGACGCCGCAUCAGGGAUCUCCUACUCAACGCCAGAAGAAGUGACAGUCCUCGAAGGUGAAGCCGUUGUCUUCGAAUACGUGCCGCAGGGCACGUCUGUCCCAGUAGUGCCGCCAGCAGAUUCGCGUUGGCGUCGUCUGGACAAUGAUCUCUCCCCUUCUGCCACGACGGUCGGUCAUCCCGGAAACAUGAUCAUUCCGCGAGCGUCGCGAUCCGACGCCGGGGAUUACGCUUAUGACAACUCGAUCCGCGUUAACGUGCGCGUGCUUCACGCACCGACGAUCCUGCGUCGUCCACAAUCGGUUGUUGCCAAGUCCGCGGGGCUCGUGCGUUUGAAUUGCUCGGACGAAGCGAACCCACCUGCGGACGUGACUUGGUUCCGUGAUGGCGUCCCGUUGUCCAGUGGUGGCAGGAUGCAAGUCAAGAGUGGUCAGCUCAUCGUGAGGGGGCUAGCCCAGACCGACGCGGGUGUGUAUCAGUGUAUGGCGAUGAACGAAGUCGGUUCCGUCGUGGCGGCUGCGAAUUUGACAGUUGAGGCGCCGUCUGUGUUGUUGGACCCGCCGUCGAACCUGAGAGCCUGGGAGAGUCCGGAGAAUCCCAAGACCACGGCAUUGUUGACCUGGGACCGACCCGCGGGAGAGUUGAUUGCGUUCACGGUGGACGUGUUUGUGGGGAACCCCAAGUUGAGCCACAACAAAAACAACUUGGUGUCGGGGAACGAGACGUGGACGAUCAUUGAAGGCCUGGACCCGAACGAAGAGUACAAUUUCACUGUGCGGGCGUAUCAGAGUCGAUCCUCGUCUGAACCGGCUCCUCAUGUCUCGUGGGCUGCCGGGAAGAACCCGAGCAUCCAACCGACGUUCACAGUGAAACAGUUCAAUGCCACGGCGGUGUUGGUGGAGUGGAAUGAAUUCUUGUCGGAAUCCGUGGGAUCGGGGGAGAUCAAAAAGUACAAAGUCGAGUGGUGGAUCAAGAGUCAGUCGGAUUCGAAACUCUACGCUUCGGACAUUGAAGUUCCUGCCAACAAACGCUCUCAGAUUAUCUCAGGUCUGUUUCCGGGGUCAGAGUACGAAUUCAGGGUCUUAGCUGCUGGAGACUCCGGAUAUCCUGCUUACAUGUUGGAGCUCUUCCGGCCGAAACGGAUCUCCCUACCGCGUUCCGUGGUGGACCGACCGUCUUCAUCCGCUUUGCACCUGCUUCUUGAAAAAUUGAACUCGACUACUGCUCGGGCCUCUUGGACGUUGAUCGAUAAAGCGUUGGUUGGAAGUGUAUCCAAGUACAAGAUCGAGGUCAAGUCGAAGACGAGGCAAAACGUGACCACAGCAGCCAUUCCCGGAACAGAAAACACCUAUGUUUUACACAACCUCGACCCGAUCGGAAGAUACGACGUGAUGCUGACUCCGAUCAUGCGUCUGGGAAUGGAGGCGAACGCAGUGACGGUGUCUCAGGCCCUGAACAUGGACUACCGCCUCGUGCCACCGGCGGAAGUGCUGGUGACGAGUCUGACGCCGGUUAGCAUCAAGCUGCGUUGGAACGCUGUGCCCGAGGCGGAGAAGUACAACCUGAGCAUCCGGGAGAUCCUCAAGGACAACUCCGUCGGUCGCAUCGGGCACUUGGACGCCGAGCAGAACGAGGCCGAUCUGGUCCAGCUCAUGCCGGACACCGAGUACAUGAUUUGUAUUCGGUCCGUGGAUCGCAACGGGAAGAGCACCGACUGCAGUCAUCCGCCGAUCACGGCUCGCACGAAACAAAUUGGCCCUCCCCUGAACGUGACCUGGACCCCGAUGAAGAACGCGGUUCGGCUCAUGUGGAACCCGCCCGACAGCUUGCCCGCCGAGGACGACGUGACCUACGAAAUCCUCUACUACCACGACAUGAUGCCGUCGACCGCGGUUUUCAUGCGGCAGGACACCAAGUACCGGUACGGUGACCUGACUGAUCUCACUCGCGGUCGCAAGUACAACGUGCACGUGCGCGUCAAAUCCCUGGGCAAGUCGGACGUGGGCGGCGUCAUGUCCAAUCCCCCGCUCACCUUCACGUUCGACAACGGCGUCGACUCGGGAAUCGACGCCCCGGCCCCGGUCACUGGACAGCCCGAAGACGAGCCCAAACAGGUCGUCGAGGGCAACUUGGACGAAACCCGAUCCGUUCCUGUGUACGUUGUGGGGAUUAUGACGGCGAUGGCGUUCUCGUUCGUCGUCCUCACACUCAUUUCCGUGGCCUACAUUUACGUGAUCCGGCGGCGUCGGGACGCCGGAAUGAACGGGAUGUUUGGACAGUAUCCGGACAACAGCGGGCCUGGUCGACGACGUCGACGGCGUUGGUGGCCCGGUGGAGGAGGCGGUGGCGGCAGCAAUGGCCCGCGAACCGUCAACGGUGGUGGACACGGGCCAGCCGGCGAUGCCACCCCGGGCGCCACCGGCGGGCUCUUCCUGGGCAACGGCAACGGCUCAAUCGGGAGCUACCUCAACAGCGACCCGCGCCCCAAUGGCGGCCGGUAUCGCGGAGACGCCGACGUCACUGAGCUCUCCGCUCUCACUCCUAUGCUACCUCGAACGGGUGAAACGACGGGUAUGGCGGUGAUGCACAACUUCCACGAGUUCAAGGAAGAAGGUGACCAUCGGUUCGAGCCGCGACGGGGUUCAGCAGCGGCGACAGAGUGCUGUUGCAAGUGCAGUUGCCACGUGCUGCACGCGCAGAAGCCCAGCGGGAAACCUCGCCCGCUUCUACCUCAAGCCGUCAUCGUGGAGAGCAGCGAGGACGACGUUGUUGGCGGCGUUGUUGCUGUACAAAGCGGUGUGAGUGGCGCCGUUGCGGACUCGUUGGCUGCUGCGUGCUCGGAACCGCUUUUGGCUGCAGCUGGCGGCAGCAAUAACAGCGCCACUGCUGGGGGAAGCGGAGCAGGAUCAGGAGUAGUCUCCGCCGUCGCGGGGGCGCCCACGGGAUCCACUACCUCAACGACUUCGUCGUCCUGCUCCUCGGGCUACGACUCAACCAAAAAAACCGACCCGAAGCAAUCAAAGAUUAAAGAAAAUUUUCAUGUUUCGGAAACGCGGACGGAGAAGCUCUGA